AUGGCGUCAGGACGGGAGGACUGGCAGCCACACCAGGCGUCUGACACACAGGAGCCCGGCCACCAGCGCACCGGAUCCCGCUCGGCAAGGCCUCAGCUUCCUGCCACCGAGAGCGCCUUUCAUUCGCGUUCCCACGUUGUCAAUUUCAACGAGCCCCCCCGCUCACCCACCUCCGCCUCCACCGAGGGCCCCUUGAGCCCCUCCAUGGCCGACAGAGUCUUUCCGAUCCGUUCAGUCGUGUCGGUAGAUCCCACACCAACCCCAGCGUCUUCCGCGAGUCGGGGAGACACCAGCUACUUCCCAAUAACCCCAGCUGCACGGAGAACCUCCGGUACUGGCACGGAACUAGCUCAAGAUCACACGCCGGGCCGGUCCAGACGAGGCAGCGAAGUCCACACAUCGCCGCCGAGAGGCUACGCCGCCGCCGAGCGGCAAAGCCGCCAGAGCACAUGGGCCACCACUUCAGACCCCCCGCAGAGACGCGCGCAAUACAAUCUGAACGACGCCAUCGCCGAGACGGAAAGCAUAGCCAGUGAAAAAGGCGACGUAUCUGGCCCACCAAGCGAAAGGCCGCCGUCUGCCCGCGCACCCUCUCUCAAGAGCACCGACGAAGGCCCCACCCUUAUGACGGCGCGGUUCAAGCAUGUUGUCACCGAAUCUGGACAUGCUGUCAUCACUGGGCGAGACGGAGAGAAGCUACAAAGAUGCGAAGACGAGCCAAUUCACAUCCCCGGCGCCAUCCAGGGGUUUGGUCUCCUCGUCGCCCUGGAGGAGCAGGCGGAAGGCAAACUCAUCGUCAGAGUCGUUAGCGAGAAUUCGAAACAACUCAUGGGCUACACGCCAGCACAGCUUUUCGCGCUCGAGUCGUUCACCGACAUCCUAUCAGAGGAGCAGGCGGAUAACCUGCUCGACCACAUCGACUUCAUCAGAGAAGAAGAUGCGGAUGUGGUCAUCAAUGGGCCGGAGGUCUUCACCAUGACCAUUCGGAACUCGCAGCGCAAGAGUCAAAAGUUUUGGUGUGCAAUGCAUGUCAACGAUUCCCAAAAGGACCUCAUAGUAUGUGAGUUCGAGUUGGAAGACGACAUGACGAACCCUCUUGUGGCACCUGGCGAGGCUACUCCCGACCUACCGGAAGAUACACUCAACAGCCAGCCGACCGAGGAAGAGUACCAAGAGAGCACCCAGAAUCUGAGCCGGCCGCUUCGGGUGCUGCGCAGUGCGCGGAAACGAAAAGGCGAGGCUGCAGCCAUGGAAGUCUUCAACAUCAUGGCUCAAGUGCAGGAACAGCUGGCCGCUGCUCCGAACCUCGAGAAGUUCUUGAAGGUUCUGGUAGGCGUGGUCAAGGAGCUGACCGGCUUCCAUCGCGUCAUGAUCUAUCAAUUCGACCAGGCUUGGAAUGGCCGUGUGGUCACCGAACUCGUGGAUCCCCGUGCGACAACGGACUUCUACAAGGGCCUCAACUUCCCCGCGAGCGAUAUACCGAAACAAGCGCGCGACCUGUACAAAAUCAACAAGGUGCGCAUGCUUUACGACCGAUCACAAGAAACGGCACGCCUGGUGUGCAGGACGAUGGAGGAUCUGGAAAGGCCACUCGAUCUGACUCACGCCUAUCUCCGAGCCAUGUCGCCCAUACAUCUGAAGUACCUGGCAAACAUGGCCGUCCGAUCCUCCAUGUCGAUAUCAAUCAACGCCUUUGACGAGCUGUGGGGUCUCAUAGCUUGCCACACGUACGGCCCUCGAGGGAUGCGCGUUUCGUUCCCCAUUCGUAAGAUGUGCAGGCUCGUUGGAGAUUCUGCAUCACGGAACAUCGAACGACUGUCAUACGCCUCCAGGUUGCAAGCCAGGAAACUGAUCAAUACCGUGCCGACGCAAAGCAACCCCUCGGGAUACAUCAUUGCUUCCUCGGAGGAUCUACUCAAAUUAUUCGACGCCGACUUCGGGUUGCUUAGUAUCCGAGACGAGACAAAGAUCCUUGGAAAACUGGAGCACAGCCAGGAGGCGCUGGCAAUGCUCGAAUAUUUCCGCUUGCGACAAAUCUCGAGCGUGAUGACCUCCCAGGACAUCCGGCUCGACUUUCCCGACUUGCGGUAUCCUCCGGGCUUUACGGUGAUUGCGGGACUCUUGCUCGUGCCUCUGUCCUCAGGCGGGCAGGACUUUAUCGUCUUCUUCCGCAAAGGCCAAUUGAGAGAGGUGAAAUGGGCGGGCAAUCCAUAUGAGAAGUCCAUCCGAGAGGGCACGGAGGCCUUCCUGGAGCCGCGCAAAAGCUUCAGAACAUGGACUGAGAAUGUGGUGGGAAAGUGUCGUGAGUGGACCGAAGAAGAGAUCGAGACGGCCGCUGUUCUUUGUCUCGUGUAUGGAAAAUUUAUCGAAGUGUGGAGGCAGAAGGAAGCCGCUCUGCAGAACAGCCAACUCACGCGGCUGCUGCUCGCCAACUCUGCGCACGAGGUCCGCACUCCGCUGAACGCCAUCAUAAACUACUUGGAAAUCGCGCUCGAAGGGUCGCUCGAUCAAGAGACCAGGGACAAUCUGGCCAAGUCGCAUUCAGCAUCGAAAUCUCUCAUCUACGUGAUCAACGAUCUUUUAGAUCUGACCAAGACGGAGGAAGGCGGUGAGCUCGUCAAGGACGAUGUCUUUGAUCCCAGAGACACACUCGCAGAGGCGACGGAGAUGUUCAGGGGCGAUGCCAAGCGGAAGGGCAUCACCUACGAGGUGCUCCACCUACCCGGUCUUCCCGCCCACGUCAUCGGCGACGCAAGAAGAGUCCGACAGGCAAUCAGCAAUGUCACGGCAAACGCGAUCCAGAAUACGUCCGAGGGCUCCGUCCGAGUGGAGAUGUCCAUGGUGCGAAGGGAGGGUCAGAAGUGCGAUAUCGAGAUUAGUGUGGCGGACACUGGCAUCGGGAUGAAUUCCAAGAAGCUGGAUCAGCUGUUCCGGGAGCUGGAGCAGGUGCAAAGCGAGGACGAGGCGCUGUCCACUGACAAUAUUGUGCCCGAUGCGAAGGCUCUGGCCGAGGGCCCCAAGAAGGAGGAAGGCAAGGCGCUGGGGCUCGGGCUCGCGGUAGUGGCGCGCAUCAUCAAGAACGUCAACGGCCAAUUGCGUCUCAAAUCGGAGGAAGGCAAGGGGUCUCGCUUCGUCAUUCAGUUCCCGUUUGAUAUUCCCAAGGCGGAAUCCCACCAACAAGCGCUGGAAGAGGCCGCCAGCACUGGCUCCGCAACGCCGCAAGCCAAGCCGGCCUUUGGGCCGGAGACGCCGCCACUCGAGGGCGAGGUGACGCUCAUCGAGCGUGGGAGCUCACUCAGGACACGGUCCCUCGAUGGGAAAUCGAAUGCACUAAUGUCGCGCAAGAAUAGCUCCGAAAGCGUGAACAGCAAACGGAGCGUGGGCAGCAUGAAAUCUGCCCAGAGCAAUCUGAGCUACUCCUCGGCGCGAAGUGGGAAGAGUGAAGUGGACAGACUGAUUGAGGCGAUUCAAGAACCUCAUCGCGUGGAUGGCUGGCAUGGAGACAACCCAAGAAGAUCUGCCCACAUGCACGAUGUCAGCAGUACUGCUUCCACCGGAAGUCCAGUCGGUCCAUAUCGAACCAGGAGCGUCGAUGUCGCAGACUUUUCUAGCAACGCGCCCAUGUCGCUCACCCAGACGGAGCGAGCAUACCCGCAUCCGGGCGAGUCCUUUGUGACCGAUCAAGGUCAGCCGAUCAGGCCUGUGCGAAUUAUGGGUGACGCAGUCAUGUCUCCUGAGGAUGAGCCGGCUUCGCUCAGCUUCCCCAGUCCUAGAACAUUGCCUAGUAGCGCUGACCCCUUCGUCUCUGCCGCACCGUCAGAGGCCGAUUCCGCAGAGAAUAUGAAGGUCUUGGUGGCGGAAGACGAUCCGGUGAACAGCAGGAUCAUUGAGAAGCGGCUGAGCAAAUUGGGACACGACGUCUCUUUGACCGUGAACGGAGAGGAUUGCUCUUUUGCGUACUGCGAUCGGAGCGACUCGUUUGAUAUCAUUCUCAUGGACAUGCAGAUGCCCAUUGUGGACGGCCUCACUUCCACCAAGAUGAUCCGGUCGUAUGAGAGGACGCAUCCAGCUCACAAGCUAUCGCCGCGUGCCGCGAAGAACAAACGGAUACCGAUCAUCGCUGUCUCCGCGUCGCUGGUCGAGAGGGAUCGCAAAACAUAUAUGCAGGCCGGCUUCGAUGGCUGGAUCCUGAAGCCUAUCUCGUUCUCUCGACUGAAAGAAAUCAUGGACGGGCUCGUAGAUCGCGGGAAACGGGGCGAAAAUCUCUACCAGCCUGGAGGAUGGGAGCAUGGAGGGUGGUUCGAACGGCCACGCAAUGAUGCCAUUGUGUCUGAGACCCAGCCGAGUCAGCAACCUCCGACGGACGCUCUAGCGAGGUUCGUCCCGUCAAAGGGCGCGCAAGACGCUGCUGCGAGGGAGGACUCGGCACCGAAGGAUGCGCACUAG